AGACUCGGGGACUCGGCUUCAGUUCGUGACUACCAACCAAACGAAGAUGCAGUACAAUCAGCAGCCGGCGGGAGCGCCGGGCUAUCCCCACCAGAUGCCCCCACCGAGCUACGAGCAGGUGGUGCACGUGCAGGCGCCAGUUCGGGUGGUUCACCACACGGCAGCACCUCCGCCCGUGGUGAUCAUACAACAUCAAACUGUAUUACCGGUGGGUCCGGAUCCCACCUUCAUCACCUGCCCGCAUUGCCAUGUCCAGAAACUGACCCGCGUGGAGUACUCGCCCAGCGUGAAAACGCACUGCAUGGCCGCCAUUCUCUGCAUCGUUGGCCUCUGGUGUUGUGCCUGCCUGCCUUACUGCGCCACCAGCUGCAUGAACGCCAAUCACUUUUGCGGCAAUUGCAAUAAGUUCGUCGGCGUCUACAACAGCGAUUAGUACUACCAGCCGAGUAAACAGAACCAAACGAACCCAACCCAAUCGAACCGAUCACCGAUCAACGCUCACAACGAUCACAACCUCAACACACCCACUCACAAAUCAUCCACGAAUGCGAACAUUUUUGGCCAGGUGUCGACAGACCGACAGCUGUACGAUGAAAUUCCCCCAAUGGGGUAAACAAUCGGGCCGCCAAGCUUUUGGCUUUACUUGAUAAGAAUACGCGAUACGCGAGACACUUUUUUCCACGGCGCUCCCUUGAGUCAUUUUCCAGCGAUUCACACACCCAAUUGGACAAACACCAUGGAA